AUGUGUCUGUUUUUAUCACGAAACCUGCUUUUUCUAUCUCCAGUAUCUGUCAACUCUACGAAUGCAAGCAAAACUGCUGAGAAGCCUCCUGUAAAGAUGGAAGUCAGGGAAAACAAGAAUGUGGUGAACGUGACCGAAGGGAAGCCUGUCAAGAAGGCAGAAGAAGUGAAGAGUGUUAAAAAGGUACAAGCAGAGAAAGAUGAGAAGAAGGUGAAGGAAGCGAAGGAAGUGAAGAAUGCUAAAGAAGAGAAAAGUGUUCAAAAUAUCAAAGAAGAUAAAUUAGUGAAGAAGGUGAAAGACGAGAAAGAUGUGAAGAAGGCGAAAGAAGAGACUGUUGUGAAGAAGAUUGCAGAAGAGAAGACUAUCAAGGAGGUGAAUUUAGAGAAGGAUGUGAAGAAGACCCAAGAAAAGAAGGUUGUGAAGAAAACAAAAGAAGUGAAGGAUAAGAAGAAGGGAGAAGAAGAGGAGGAGGAGGAAAAGAAUGCAGGAGAAGAGGAGAAUGAGGAGGAUGCGGAAGAUGAUGAGGAAGAGGAGGAAGAGGAUGAAGAUGAAGGUGACGAUGACGAGGAUGACGAAGACGAAGACGAAGAGGAGGAUUCGAAGAAAAGCGAGUAGAAACGAUUUGUGCAGAAUCAGUUGAUUGAAUGCUAGAGGGUAUUUUAAUGAAG